AUGUUCUGCAAACGGAGAGCAAUUACCUUUAUCAUCCAAGAAGCGGAGUCACGAAGUAUCACACCAUUACUCGUUGGGAAAGCAACGCGUGCUAACCGCUUGCAAACUUUUUUUUCUGUUCCAGUUGAUUCGAAAUACGUUUCGAUAUUCAAGCAUACCUGCGUCACCUGCGGCAAAACUUACAAGCACAAACACCAUCUGAAACGGCAUCAUGAUUUCGAGUGCGGGGUCGAUCCGAAGUUCAAGUGCGCCUUUUGUCCACACAAGACCAGAUACAAGGACAGUCUGAUGAAGCACAUACUGGCGCGCCAUCAGCAUUUCUUGGAACAGAAUUUGCAAUAUGGUCAUCAACAGAUCUUCGAGGCGCAUAACGAUACCGAAAUGAAUUUUCAUGCACAGGAAACCAAUGCGUUCAAUGUUUAUCCUAAUGAUUUUACGCAAAAUCUAUAAUUUGUUUUAUCUGUAAUUGUUUCGUGGAUUAUAUAUUAUUGUUACGUGGCUGGGUAUGGUUCAUCGACAUAAAGAAUGGACUAACCAUUGUGAUAGACGGGCGCUCGUUAUAUAAAAAGGUAUUACAUAUGAGGUCUAUAUUUGUCUUUUUUUUCUAGCAUUUCAUUGAUUAUUUUGUUCUUCUUGUGUCGAAGGGGAUCAAAAUAACUAAUGAGAUGCUAAAAAACAACAACAAAUAUAAGCCUCAUAUGUAGUAUCGCUCUAUAACGAGCGCCCGUCUGUCUAUUCAGAUGCUCGGUCUUUAUGUCGAUGAUGUGGUUAAACAAAUAUAAAAAGUAUAUGAAAAGUUAAUAGCCACGAUAUAAGCAGCAGAGUAUCUAGGUAAGGGCAACAAAGGUACAAGCCUAGAGCGAAGGGGGAAUCUUGAAAUAAAACUAAUUUAUAAAUUUUUCAAAUAUAAUAUUUUUAAUAUUAUAUUAAUAUAUUGUAUUAAUUUUAAUAAUAAGUUGAAGCCUGAAUAUAUAAUAUUAGAAAUUAAACAAUUUAAUAAUAUUAACAAGCAUCUAUAAGAUUCCUCCCCUUCUCCGAAAAACUGCAAGCAAAAUUAAGAGUUUUAAUCAUGAAGAUCGUCUAUAUCAAUCUCCAGCGAAUUUUGAUGCUUAUAAUAAUUUUGUGUGAAUUUUUACAAUAUCCAGCUCAUACAAACUCCGCGUCACAAUUUCGUCCGCCUUAAAGCACAAUCCUUAUAUGAAGCUGGAAUACAUCAUAUCAAAAAAAUUACUAUUUGAAAGUAAAAGAUCAAAUCUGUUGUGAUUAAAAUUAUUAAUAAUUAAAUACAUACACAUCAUUAAUUUUUCAUAACGACACAUUUGCUUAAAAAUAUGUUAUACCUUAUUUACUUCUUUUUAUUUACUUGUCAGAAUUUUUUUAUAUGAUGCAAAGAUUAAUUUUAUAAGAUUGACCAAGAUCACACCAAAGUUUAUUCAUUAUAAAAUAACUAAAAAAAA